AUGCCACCAUUACUGCAACUUGCUGCAGUGUUAAGUUCAAAUAGUCCUUUGUCACGGAUACGGCCAGAUUUUGAGGUUAUGCGUUACUUCCGUGUGCUGCCACCCUGGCAUUACGAGACUCGCCAUCAAAUGAGGCACCCGGACCCUCACUAUGCAGAACAGGGCCUCGAAGUCAUGAUGAUAGAGAAACAUUGGGACACUGAAGAGAGCACUCGUGGUCACCAUCACCUUAGGGAAGACCUACAUGCAUCAGGAGAUAAUAUGUACGGGUGUGUAAGCUACACAAAGAAAGCAAGUUGCCAACAAGAGCCUAGCUACCAGUUAACCACCCUUGCACCAGUCGCUAAGGAUUCAGACAUAUACAGUGGUGAAUUCCCAGUAAACCAUAUAGUACUGACAGUGACCUUUGUUGAUUUUAGCAGCGGGUUCCGAGCAGUAAGGAGGCGAGACCAGAUCUGCCGAUUACGAGGACGUCUGUACGAGCACGAGAAGGAAGGACCUGGACGUGAGGAUGUCGAGAACGAACUGAUUCCCUGGGACCAGAGCGAGGAUGACGACAUAGAACGAGUCACCCCAACCCUCGCGGCCAGCCUGUCCGGCUCAGGUCAGGGCUCACCACCGGGCCUCCUCGCGGACCCAGACUUGUCUCGUUGUGUUCACCUUACCCCGUGUGCUAAUCUCUUAGAGAAUAAAGAGUUCUCACGUCUGAACUUCUACCACGACUCCUUUCCUAAAGAGACUCCUCACCUGUCCGUCCUCGACUUGCCCUACACUGAGAGCGAGUUGACCUGGUUCAUCGUCGUGGGAAACCCCGUGACGAGGAGUCCUCUCGCCAUACCGUCAACGCCUCCAGUUGGCAGUCUCCCUGGGCUCGGGCCGUGCGGUCACGCGUACUCUUAUAACAUUAACAAGGAGUCACAAGCCGUGUCACUUAUACGUGACAUGCCCACUUGUGAUAUGUUAUGUGGUAAGGAGAAGAAGACUUGUUUCACUGUGGCUUGGUGGUUCCCUGAGGCUCCGUCCUCUGGCAGGAAACUCCAAACCACAUUUUGGCUUGAAAACAUCGACUUUUACCCUGGUAUUAGUAUUAACCUGAUUCAGACGGGUAAUGUGUACAGGCGUCAUAAACAGCUUGGUCUGCGGGGUAUGCCUGUACGCGUUGUGACGUGCCAGAGCACAUGGAGUGGAAAGUUCUACUUGAUGUGGUGGACUUCUGCACCCAGUGUCUGGCCGUUGCCAGAAAUCACUAGAGUUUAUCAUGCUCAGGGAUUUCUGUUACCCGGCAGUGAUGGGUUAACUAGGAAAGAACUUGCACCCAUUCCAUUGCUUUGGUACAGCACUUCAACACGUGUCAAUAUAGUCAAAUUAUGGACAGGUUCCUUCGAUGGAGGAGAACACACCCCAAAGCUGCUUCACUGCUCGCACACAGUGUGCCUUCACUGUCUCACAGGAAUUGUAGCCUCCCAUGCCAGGGACGAUGGCACAUUUCGCUGCCCAAUAUGCCGGGAAUCUAUACGAAUCCCCUCUGGUGGAGUGGCUGCUCUGCCACCAUCGUUCCUGGUUAACCAACUCUUAGAUCUCAUGUCAAGACAAAGAAGAGAAGUUAUACCUAAAUGUUCUACACAUGCCAAUCAGGAGCUGUUAUUCUGUGAGUCUUGUGACCUUGUCUUCUGUACUCAAUGUAGUAAUGGCUCCCACCAGGGAAGUGCAGCAAGUUACCAACAUACUGUUAUUCCACUUUCUAUUGCCAUCAAAAGAAUGUCGGAGAUCCUCUGUUACAAAGCAAAUGAAUGUUAUUCGAAGUUAAAUGAAGCCAGUGAUGCAGUGACAUCAGAGAUGCACCAGCUGGAUCAUGCUGUUGACAACACCUUUGAAGAUGUCAACAGAGCUUUCCAGGCCAUUAUUGACAUUAUAGAACAGCGGAGAGAUGCUGUUAUCAGUAAUGUUAAAAAGAUGAGGGAUGAGAAAAAGAAAGUUUUACAAGACCAACUUGACAUCAUUGAAAGUGAAAGACGCAAAGUCCAGCAAGAAUGUGAAGGCCUUCAGUAUCAAGUUGAAGUCCGGAAUAUAACAAAAAAAAUUGCCCAUUUAAAUACAAAAAUAGACUCGCUUUCAACACUCGUUGAGCCACGGGAGAAUGCUUUUCUUCGUUUUGAGAGUCAGCACAAUGAGGCAUUUGAACAUAUCCAGACUACCAUAGAAGACUAUGGCAGGGUGAUGACCAGCAAGACAUUCCCAAGCUUGUGUUUCAUGAAGGCCAAGAAAGCCAUGACUCACCUAAGGAGUGAGGUAGUGGUCUACACUGUGGACUAUGAUGGAGAAAGCCAGACAACUGGAGGUGAUCCAUUGGAGUCGGAAGUCAAGUCGGAGGGUGGAGAUCUGAUUGACAGCCAGAUUGAAGAUAAUGAAGAUGGCACAUAUUCUGUCUUUUUCACUCCAGAAAAUGGGGGGAACCAUAGUGUGGCAGUGAAGAUAUUUGGCAGGCCUAUAAAGGAGAGCCCUCUCAUUGUCGAGGUCUUAGAUGAACACAAUCCAGAUAUUGUUUAUGGGUCCCGUGGCUCUGGGAAAGACCAGUUUCUGCAGCCUGUGGGGAUCUGCAUUGAUGACAAUGAAUAUAUGUAUGUAGCUGAUACUGGGAAUUCUAGAAUCAAGGUUUUGAGUCCGCAGCUGAAGGAAGUGCAGCAUAUUGUAGGGGAUGCCCUAGAAGGUAGAAGUGUCACAGGUAUAACGAGGACACCCAGUAGCUCGCUUGCCUUUGUCAACUGGAGAAAAAAGACUAUCACAGAAGUCACGUCUUCAGGCCAGCUUCUGUCACAAUUUACCCACGACCAGUUAAAAGAACCUACAACCCUUGCUGUAAACUGUGAUGGAGAGAUUCUAGUUGCAGAUAAUGCGGCCAACUCAAUAUUUGUCUUCCUCCCAGGAGGGAAAUUAGUGAGAAGAUGGGGGGUUAAAGGAAACAAACCAGGCCAGUUGGGAUCAAUAGCUGCAUUGUGUACUGGACCAGAGAAUGAAGUAAUUGUUGCAGAUUCCAGAAUACAAGUGUUCUCACCAGAAGGGCAGUAUGUACGCACCAUUUUUGAAACUAAAGGUUUGUAUUUUAUAUUAAAGCUUUUAUUGGAUUAUUCUUAAAAUCCUGAUCAGUGGUUGUUGAGGACUCUAGAUACACUGUUCAAAAAGAUAGCU